AGUGACAUCCGCAGAGCCGUGGCAUUCCUCGACACCCUCUCUUCCCCCUCUCCCUUCCCUAGCGAUGCCAGCGGCCCAUGGCCUGACUGCACCUUCUCCGACCCUACUACGAUUUCUGCGCUCGCAACUCUGCUCCCAGUCCCCUUCUGCGACAUUACGAAGAUGCAAGGCAGAAGCACUCAGCACGCAAUGCGCGCGCGCCCUCUCCAGCACUCGACGACCCGAUAACACCCGCUCCUUCUCCUCGACACCCUCCGUGCAAGAGAGUUUCUGGCGACGACUGCGACAGUCGAAACCAAGCAAAACACCGCGCCACCACAAUACCGGACUGCCACCUCUCCAAGGCUUCCUCGACGACUCGAAUGCCGGUCUAGGCGGACGAAUCAUCAAGCCCAGCAACGAGCUCAAGCUGCGCUGCACGGAGUUUGACGAGAAUGGAAACGUGACGCUGGUGAAUGGGGAGUUCAGGAAGAGCGAGCUGAUUGCCAAAUACUCUCUCCUGCCCCGCGAUUUGCGCAAGAUUGAUUCGUCCGUGUUGCCGCAUAUCUUGGUGCGCGAAUCGGCGAUUCUGAUCAAUUUGCUGCAUUUGAGGUGCUUGAUUAAGCAUAACCGCGUGCUGGUGUUCGAUGUCUAUGGCAGCACGGAUUCGUAUGCGCAGAGUCUGUUUAUGUAUGAUUUGGAGGGCAAGCUACGGCAGCGAGGGACAUAUGCGGCGGGAGGGGCGGGAAAUCUACCAUAUGAGUUUCGGGCGCUGGAAGCCGUGCUCAUAUCCGUGACGAGUGGGUUGGAGAGCGAGUUCGAGGGUGUCAGAGAGCCAGUGGUUAGGGUGCUGAGGGAACUCGAAGAAGACAUUGACCGCGAUCGACUGAGGCAUCUGCUCAUCUACAGUAAGAAGCUCGGCACGUUUGAGCAAAAGGCUCGACUGGUUCGUGACGCGAUCGAAGAUCUUCUCGAGGCCGAUGACGACCUGGCCAGCAUGUACCUGAGCGAGAAGGCCCAAGGCAAAGAGCGGGAGGACGACAACCACGAAGAAGUCGAACUCCUCCUCGAGUCCUACCACAAAGUCGCCGACGAAAUCGUCCAAGUGUCGUCCAAUAUUGUGUCCGCCAUCCGCAACACCGAGGAGAUUGUGCGCGCUAUUCUGGACGCGAACCGCAACGCUUUGAUGCUGCUCGACCUCAAGUUCAGUAUUGGCACGCUGGGGAUCAGCGCGGGCAUGUUCAUCGCGGCGCUGUACGGGAUGAAUCUGAAGAACUUCAUCGAGGAGGAUUCUCUUGGCUUCGCAGGAGUCAGCGCGUUAUGCACUGCAGCAACCAUCGGAUGCUGUGUAUGGGCCUUCAAGCGGCUGAGGAAAGUGCAAAGAAUCCGAAUGUGGGGCGAGGCUGGAUCGAAUCAGAAACAGAUGACUGGAGAUCGACGAAGAUGGAGCGAGAUUGACCCCCCGCCGGUGCAGUGGGACAGGCAGGAGCAUUUGAAGCACGAGCAUGGGAAGCCGCUGCAUGGGAGCGGGAAGGGCCUGGCUGAGACGGUGGCGGGCAUCAAGCAUGAGGAGAAGUGGAGGCAGUGGAAGGAGAAGGAGUGGCAACAUAAUGAGCAUCAUCAUGGUAUGGAAGGGAAGCAUAGAAAGCGAGAGGUGGUUGUUGACGGUGCUUUGCCGCCUGCGCCUGUUGGUGGCAGCUCAUGAAGAUAAUGAAGGACAUGUAGAGAAGUGAAGUCAUCUCACCUCCCAAAUCUUGCACGUAUGUCUUGGG